AUGGCAAAUGCAUUAAGUAAUCAAUAUCCCAUUAUUUUAAUUCCAAGUGACAAUAUUCAAGCUGUGGAUUUUCAAAAAAAUAUCCACAAGGAUCAACAAGGAAACUCAUCACAAAUUGAUAACUCCGAGGAUGAAAUUAUUGAUGAUAAUAGUGAAUCAUCGAAAGUUAAUGAACAACUAUCUGAAAUUCAAGUAGAAACUAUUGAUCAACAGAUAUAA